UCCUCCCUGACUACAUUACCAUGCUGUGUUUUCUUCUGCAUUAAUGUGAUCAUGUUAUUCACCUUGAGGAGCAAAUCAGUGUUUCGUGAAACCUGCCGUUACAUUCUCCUGUAUAACCUCAUUCUUGCAGACACUCUACAGAUGGCAGUGAGCCAGAUACUAUACAUGAUGUCUAUUUGUAGAAUAACGUUACCUUAUCCUGUCUGUGGUAUUCUUGUCAUGUUUGCUAAUCUCACCAAUGAAAUCUCUCCUCUCACUCUGGUGCUGAUGUCUCUGGAGCGAUAUGUAGCUGUGUGUUACCCACUGAGGCAUGCUACUAUCAUCACCAUCAGAAACACAGAGGUGGCCAUCAUUAUGAUUUGGAUCUUUUGUUCACUCAAUAUUCUCAUUCGAGUUCUGCUGCUGUUAGAGUUUCCAUUUGAAGAGCUGCAGAGUCUGCAGAUGAAAGACUUCUGUAGUACAUUUCUCAUGUUUCUCACACCUGUAUCUCAUGAGUAUGACAAAGCUUACAGUUGCUUUCUGUUUGUGUCGGCUUUUGUUGGAGUCACUUGCUCCUAUAUAGGUGUUAUGUUGGCAGCCAGAUUGGCCUCCACAGACAAAGCUUCAGCCCUGAAGGCUCGUAACACCCUGCUGCUGCAUCUGGUGCAGCUUGGCUUCAGCCUCUCUUCAACUGUGAACAAUGCAUUACUUUUAGUCAUCUCAAAAACUGUUUCAAGAAGGGUGCUUGUGGUUGUGCAAAAUGUUUUUUAUGUGUUUCUUAUUAUUCUCCCCAGAUGUUUGAGUGCACUUAUUUAUGGUCUCAGAGACCAGACCAUCAGACCCAUCCUCGUUUAUAAUCUAUGUUGUCAACUGAAACUCACAGUUGUGACACGGAAGGCUAAGGUCUCCCCUUAG